ACUUGCAUUAUGCUUCUGAACAUUUAUUUGUUAACCGUUUUCUUAAUAAACUUUUACAUGAGUAAAGAUUUUUAAUGCGGCUCACGACAAAGUUGAUAUUAUUAUUUUAUUGAAAAUGGAUUUUUAAGGUUGUGUUAUAUUAACUAGACAGGAACUUGGAACUUUAACAAUGUUUAAGGUUGGUAGCAUAAUUUUGGCGGUGCUGGUGUACACAGCGGUUGCGGAGGACGCGGCCACUUUCGACGAUGAUGUUCAGCUUGAGGAGAAGGAAACGGGUGGGCGGCUGUUUCUGCAGAGUCGCGGAAAGCUUUCAGAUAUCGUUGACCUUGACCAGAUUCCGAAUAUUAAGCGUGUUUUAUGCCGGGGCGGGAAGAUCCUGGUCCGGCUGGAGGACGGUGGCACUGGAGGGGCGGCAUGGUCAACCGGGUCCCUCAUAAUGGGCGGACCCCGCUGGAACUGCUCCCACAAUUACAUCAGACCCCACUCUAACACAAUCUACGCCCGGAUAGCGGAACUGCGCCGACCCAAAGACGGAGUCAUAGAGAUACAAACCGCCAACGCUGGUCCCCUGGACAUGUUCGACCAAGCGGAUAUCCGGGUCGAGUACGCGCAGGGCGAGCUGCGGCCCUCGCGCCACCGCCGCUAUCUCUCCAACCCGCUACGGACUACCCUCAACACCAUCAACUAUAACACCUCAUUCACACGUAACGUCCCCUUCAACAGCAUCGACGACGAAACGGCACAUGUGCCGGUGAACCUGUACAAGCGGACGGGCCGCUACGAGCCGGAAGCUGAUACAGACAUGGCCGUCACUCGGGUAGAUAAGGACUUUUUGUUUCAGUGCUGCAAUUGCCAUGGCUACAGCCACAUCUCCUACUACAUGGAGCUGAAAAUCUACAAAGUUAACAACAAACCAGUAAUCAAGAAGUAUGUAAUGGAAAUGGACAUCAACUCCAGAAUCAAACAUGAAUACAAUUUAACAACCGACAAGGAGAUUUCUAUAACAAAAUACGGUGUUGUUAUGAAGAACGAGACCAUGCCCAUAUUCGAGGUUCCCUUGGCAACGUUCAAAACGUUCUCGCCUAUAAUGUUGACAGUCAAUUCGUCUAGUCAGGGAAACAUCUUUCUGAAGGCGGUCGCUAAGGAAGCCACUAAUUAUGAAGGAAGCUUCGAGCUGAACGGCAGGACGAUCAUCUCACAGCGGUUCGAGGAAGGCUCGGUCCCGGUUAACGAGGCUAGCGUGUACAACUGGACGGUGGUCAGCGGGGGACAGCGGGUGGACACAAACCACACCUUUAAUACUUCCUGGGCCUUCCACCAGAACCUUACCCUCAUCCCGGUCAUCUCAUGGUGGCAGAAGGAUAUAGACAUGAAUCUCGGGCCACCCGUGCAACUCAGUAUUCGUCCGACGGUGAAUGUGGUGUCUAGGUCGGACACGGUGACCCGGUGUAAUAAGGUCAUGGUCGUCGUGGAUAGCAACGUAUCUGUGGCACAGACGGACUUCUCCGUGGACGCCUUCGGAAUCAAUCUCUGGAAUGUUAAGGUGAUGAGUGGGCUGUCGAGACGGUUCAAACCCCUAGAGCAAAUAGUAUCCUCCGUUUGCCACGCGGACUGUCACGCACUGGGGUUCGAGAAGAACGCCAAUGUAACGAUGGAUGACGCAUGUGGGCAGCCAAUGGGAAAUAUCUUUAAAGGCGACGAAAUAUUGAACAGAUUGUAUCAGUUAUGGGGAGACUACAUUCUGUUUGCUUCCGAGGAAGAAGAUAAUGCGACUUCGUGCGGUACGCUGGGACGCGUGUGUGAUGACUGCCGCCAGGAUACGAUUGGCGAUGACGUCAAAAGCGCGUGCGCUAACCGCCUGGUUUCUACUGAACUAGCCGCCACGCUGACACAUUUGGCCAGAUUUGUAGAAGCUGAAUGGCCAGACAGAAAGCUCUACGUGAAUAAAUCAUUUGAUGAGCCCAACUCGGAUUUCCCUGACGGUCAUCAUGACAACGAGUCAGUGUUCUACGAAGGACGUGGUGUGGAGGUCGCACUCACGAAGCCGAGUGCGUUUGAUCCCAUUGACUUAGAAACCGAUGAGUACAUCCUGAACCGUCUAAGUGAACUGUCCGUGUGUUCCAACUUUGCCCACGUUAAGCAGCGGGACGGGGUCGUGGCGGCGUGUGUUGAGCCGCGUGUAAAGCUGGAGCGCAGUAAGCGGUCUCUGGUUUCCAGGACGCGGCGGUCGGGCCACGUAGAACACACCGCUGUAGAAGGCCUACUCAACAGGCUAGGUUCGGCGGUGCGGAAUGGGCCAACGGCCAACCCGUUUGUGGUGUCGCCCCUGGGCAUCGGGGAUGCUUACCCAGCUGGGGAGACCAUGGACAUUUCAUGUGGGGAGGCCACUGGAGCCGUCACACAGGAUGACACACCAAGAUUUAGGAGGUUGGUAGAGUACCCUCUUAACGACAAAAACGUAGAGUUUGGACCUGAAGGCCUCUCGACCACGUGGUGCGGAGUGCAGACGCGGCGAUGUUUGGUGGACUGCCGGAAGUCUACUGGCGACAUUGACGAUCACUGGCGCUGGUGUGGCACGCGGACUAUGCACAUGCGCCUAGCAGUUAGGCUGAAGAGGCUCGUCACCAUCCUCUCAGACACUGUCAUAGUUGAAAAGGCGUUAUCGAUGGACGACUCUGACGGCCCUUCAAGCCAGUUUAAAGAGGGGAGGGCGGCUCGUAUCUCGCUUAAGCCCGGGAACACGAAGUCGGUGUCUCAGUUCACACAGUACGCGAUCCUGGCGGGGUUUGACUUUGUGCGGCGUGUCUCCGAAAAUACUGUGGAGGUUUGUGUAAAGGUGCAAGACGGGAUCCAGACCCACCUGGCCCAGUUCCCCGCAACCAACCUCAUAGCCGUCCCACUUCCGCUCGGUGAGGAGGACGAGUACGACUGGCCGGAACCGCUUAAGAACGAGUCCCGCAAACCCCUCCUGUUCGAUGUUUCGAAUUCGGAUGACGAGAUAGCGGAGCAUUUCAAGCUCCGCCAUUUCACGAGUCCCGGGAAGCGAUACAUCCGACUCGAUACGGUGCUAGUCUCAAUACUGGAUCUGGCGUAUGAAGACCUCCAAGGUGGCUUCUACGUGAUUUCCGGUUCCGGUUACCGUCCACGAUCAGUGAAUAUUGAUAACAUCGCCACGCGACAUGAUAAGGAAACACUGAGAUUUGAAAUGGGCCAAGCACUUGAACUCAAACCAAACAUGCCUUCCACGGAAGACAACUUGUUUAAGCUGGCGGUGUCCUUGAUUAGGAUCAGCAAGGGCGUUCGUCUCCAACAACUAGGAAUCGGGAUCGGGUGUAAGGCGGACCGCCUGUACAUGGAGCUGCGGCCGCUGCGGGACGACACGGCCCUUGUUGUAGAGGUCUGGGACAGCGGAAACACGCCGCUGUAUAAACGCCUCAAGCAGUUGCAGGACAUGAUUGCAGACGGCGGGUCGGUGGUGACAGCGAGGCCAGACACAGUCAUCUGUAAAACGCCCGAACUGGGCAGGCAGUACUUCUACUUCAACUUUGAACUAGACCAGGAGGGGCACUGCUGGUCAACCGAGGACGACUUCUGCGACCUGACGUCCGAAAGCCGUUACAACGUGAGCGUUGUUUUGCAGCGGCGUCUGACGUCAGCGGCCGGCUCGGGAAAGCUGCCGCGCCAGGAUAUCAUGCCACAAAUAGAAGAUUGUAUCGUCAAAACUUGUGGUGGCUGCCCGUCUUCCGGUUCGGUGUGGAAAAGGAAGGUUCUGAAAUGCAGCCGGAUGAUUCUGAAGUACCUAGGGCGAGCCAGUGUCCCCUUCCAGCCCCUACAGGACAAGGUAUCCAUCUUCAACACGGAGAACCAUGAGUCCGCCGUUCACUCGCUCGCCUGCCACGACGGUCGGGUCUGUGUGGAGAAUACACAGAUAUACUCCCUGCUUAUGCCGGUGAAUACAGCGACAUACAGCAUAAACAACAAAGAAGAAUUGAUGUUUGGAGGGGCAGAUAACCCGAGCCCCCUGCUGGAGAUAGUUGAACAGGAGCUUGCGUGGCGGGCGGUUGGGGUGGUGGAAGUCUUCCUAGAGUCAGCGAAGGACGUUAACGCUCUUCGCAACACUAUACUGAUACUAAUGAUGUAUAACAAAAAAGUUACGAAAAUAACAUUCCACUUGGACCCGGAUGCAGACGAAGAUGACGUCAUUGUGACGUUGCAAAGGAAGGUGGAGCAAUGGGUGUCUGGAGUGUGUCCUUAUUGGAGCAGAGCCGUAACCACGCCCUACACUAUGGUGAAAAUACCAAUUGGCCGGAAAAAGCGUAGUUUGGAACGCAGCAAAGACCGGAAUCAAAUGAAACUUUCAAUGAGAAACUGGGAGAUUGAUUGGAUGCUGAAAUCAUAACAACUUCUGCAAAAACAAAAGCAAACUUCUGCGAUAUAAUUAUUAACGUAUUAACAAUAUUAACAAUAUAACAUGAACAUUAUAGCAAAGGUUUAAUAUUCAGCAGGCAUAAUGCCUGCGUCCCUUCAUACAAGUGUUUGUGUUUUGAGAUCCAAGAUGUUUUGAUGAUAUCCGAUUUUGGCUAAAAGGCAUUGGCAUAUUAACUCUAAGGUUUAACAAUAUAAGAAUGUUUUAAGGUGCCAAAAUGUAUAACACUAUCCAUUCAACAAGUUAUUGUACAAAAAUGUCAUGCUCAGUGAAGAUGGCUUUUAGAAAUGUAUUUGAAAUUUGUAACCAGGAAGAUUAAUUUAAGUCAAUGUGUUAACUAUUUUGGUAAUAUAUUUCUUAUUUGAAAGUAUAUCAUCACAAUAAUUUUUAUUUAUUUAUUUCUAUUGUCACAAGACAUUUCCAUAAAAAUAAUUGCCAGCGAAUAUUUUUCUAAAUCCUUAUUAAGUCAUAUCUGCUACAAAGGAUGCAUGUUUUAUGUCAGAUAAAUGUUGCAUAGAAAAACUACAGGUUUCCCUUCCAACUUUGCAUUAUGGAAAGUCCCUAAUUCGAUCUGUCUGACGUCAGAAAUGCUAUUGUAAACACUUCCGUGUGAAUAACAUGUAUUUUGAUUU